UAUGUUACUAGCUUAGCAUUUUGAUUACACUCCAACCCCACUUUUUCUUCUCGCCUUCCUCGCUUUGUCUGUUCGACGGGAAACUACAAACUAAUCGUCUUCUCACCGGAAUUUCUUUUUACCUCCCAUUUUCAGUAUCAAAGAUCGGUGCUCUCCGGUCAGGCUCGGCUCUUUCUAUGGAAACUCGUGUAUGCAUAUAUUCUCUGAUCAUUUUUUCUCUCUUUUCAUAAGAAGAAGAGCUGUGAAAGAAAAAAUAUCUGCAACCACUGUUCGGUUACAGAGAAAUCUCCAGAAACGAUCGAACAACCAUUAUUUGCUCGCACACGCAACUAUAUAUAUAGAGAGAGAGAGGAGAGAGAGCGAGCGAGAAAGAAAAGAGAUGUUGGAUCUGAAUCUGGAAGCUGUGCCGGGGUCGGACUCCGCUUGUGACGAUGCCGAAACAACCGCCGCCUCCGCAAUCGUCGGCGGCGAUUCCGGAGCUUCCGUCACCGCCUCAUCCUCCGAUGAGUCUAACAGCUCGUCUCACACUCUCGCUGAUGGCGGCUGCAAUUCUCUCUGCACACUUAAUUUCUCCAUUCUGAAGAGCGAUGCCGAUCAGGCGAUCGAAGAUGAAGAGGACUGCAAUGGGGACCACUCGGCGGUUACGGAUCAGCUUGUUCCCGUGGCCGGACUGUCGUUUCCUUCGACCGUGGAGCCGCCGCCGCCGCCGCUAGCGCAGAGCUGGUUGAACCUGUCCGUGCUGGAGUCCGGUUGCAACUCACCGCGGAUGCCGCAGCCGGCCGUAAGGAAACCCCGCCGUGGGCCCCGUUCCCGGAGCUCCCAGUAUCGCGGCGUGACGUUUUACCGGCGUACUGGAAGAUGGGAAUCGCAUAUCUGGGAUUGUGGGAAACAAAUUUAUCUGGGAGGAUUUGAUACAGCUCAUUUUGCAGCCAGGGCAUAUGAUCGAGCAGCACUUAAGUUCCGGGGAGUUGAUGCUGACAUCAAUUUUCAAAUAGGCGAUUAUGAAGAAGAUAUGAAACAGACGAAGAACUUGACAAAAGAAGAAUUUGUUCAGACGCUUCGUCGCCAGAGUACUGGUUUUUACAAGAGAACCUCGAGAUACAGAGGAGUAACUCUUCACAAGUGUGGCCGAUGGGAUGCCCAGAUAGGCCAAUUCCUAGGGGAUAGGACUUAUGACAAAGAAUCUAUCAAAUGUAACCAACACAGGGAUGCAGGUGGUGGCGAUGGUCUUGACCCGAACCAUUGGAUUUCUGCACCUCUGGGUGGUCUAAAGGGACCUGAUGAUAACACCAGAAAGUUGGAGUUCAAUUUUGGAGUUUGCCAAACGCCUGUUCUGAAACAAGUGAAUCUACUCUUUACCAAUGCAUAUCCUUCGCGAUUCUCUCAUGAAAGCUCCUACAUCGCGGUUGGUAGCUCUCCUGCCACGCCUCGUGCUCCAGCAAUGGGGUCUAAGUAUUCCAUAUGGACUAUCCCUAGCAUGCAUCCUGGGAUUAUUUCAAACACUCAUCAGGAGCGACCAAUGGGAAUGAGAGUUGAAAAACCACCUGCUCCAGCAUUCUCAUCAGACUGGCAAUGGAAAAUGCAAAGCCAGGGUGAGGGAGUGGUCACUUCUUCAGUGCCACUCUAUUCUUCUGCGGCAUCAUCAGGAUUCUCAUCAACUACCACUCCUCCCACUUAGACAUCCCUAAAACCAUCAUGCACUUCAUCUGUACUUCCAUCUGGAGCUGAAAGCUAAGGUUUAGCAACCUGCAACUUCAAAUGCAUGCAUAUAUUAUUUUUCUAUUGUAUUGUGUGGAUCAAACAUAUAUAGUGGUUGUGUAUCAAGUUUAUAUUGGAAUAAGUCAGUCACCAACCUAAACUGGUUUACUUCGUUGUAAUUUAUAAGGCGAGCUUCACCCGUAAUAACAAUUUCGGGUAGCAGUAUAGUUAUGGGUUUAAUUUUCUUGUAAAUCAAAAUUUAUAUUGGAAUACAUAACAAAUGAUGCUGUAGAGGAUGGUGGUAUGAUUAACAUCCUUAACAAAUUUCAUGUUAUGGUAUGAGUGUAUGACCAUUGAACAUUUUCAUUUUCAUUGCA